AUGGUGUUCACCUCAACCUUCUCUGGUUUAGGCACAGCUGAGAUGGCAGCAACAAUGGCUCAUCGGGAGAUGACAAGUUUCUUCCGACCCUCAUCUGUGACCCACUACUCUGCAUGUGAUUCAGAGGUGAGCUGCCAGUCCAUUUUGUGCAAGAUGGAUUGCUGCCAUGUGUUUCGUGAUGUGAAGGAGUGUUUUGAUAGCACUGUGAUGCAGCUAUUGACGGAAUAUGUGCAGGAGCGCCAUAAAGAGGUUCAGCAAAUCAAAGACAAGGUUUCUAGGAAAGCACGAAUCCUUACUGCCGGAAAGGAAGUGUGCAGAUUUGCAGCGGAUCUACUGAGCAGCCAUCCGCCCCAAGAGACUGCAUAUUGUGUGAAGUGCAACAAAAUGUGCAAACGAUUUCCAUGCAAGAAGAUGUUGGAUAGUUAUUCCAUUUGGGUUGAAGGUGGUUCUGGCAGCCCUUGCUACCCAUGGACUCCAGCUGCCUAUGGAAGUCAGUUGAGGUGGCUGCACCCGGAAGUCAGUCCUGUUUACUUUGCAUGGCUCUUCAGCUUACUCAAUGCCGAGCCCAGCCCAGAUGCAAUUCUGCAUGAGAAUGUUUCAGGCUUUGAUUGGGAGUCAAUGAAGGAGCUUGUUGGUAGCAAGUAUACCCUGGAGACAAUUGUUGUCUCUCCAGAAGAUUGCGGGCUACCGGUAGCGCGACCACGCCGCUUUACAGUGAUGCUGCUCAAACAACAUCAGAAGAUGAUGCCUUUCGAUCGUGAUUUGUGGACUGCGGCUUGCUUUGCUUCAGUUCAAUGCGAUGCAUCUGUUUUCCUGAAUGCCGAUGAAGAAGUGUUGCGGAAGGAAAAAGAACGAUUGUCUGUCAAGAAGUUUUUGCCUGCUCAGGAUGCUCACCGCUGGUCUUGGAAUACUUUGCUCACCGGACGAGAGAAUAGGACUUGGUUCAACAACACGUCCCAGAAUUUGGAGUACCAGCCGAGAUUGUCACUUGAGCUCCGCAGUCCAACUUUGAUGACAAGCACAAAGCUUUUUGUUGAUUACCUGGACAGCCCGUAUGAUGCCCGACCAGUCCAUGCUUUGGAGCUCUUGGCAAUGCAAGCAUUGCCUCUCUUUCUGCCACCUCCCAAUGACUGGUAUCAAAAGAUCAUUUUGAAUUCUGGCCUUGCGGAUCGUUCUUUGCGAAAGAUGGCCGGCAAUGGAAUGAACCUGUGGGUAGUUGGCCAGUGUUUGCUUUUGAUUUUGGGAACUGUUGCUUGGGAACCCAAGCGUCCAAAUUUGAAACGAAAGCUUGCCAUGCUGAUGCAUGAUGCAGAGCAGUCCGAAACGGACAAUCCCUGCAGUGACUCUGAUGUAGAACCAGAAGCUGGUCCGAUUUGA